AUGUCUUUUUUUCUCAUUUCACUUCAAUAUUACUCCAUUGUUUUAGUGCCUGUACAUUCUCCUUUUAUUUACUUGCUCGUUUGUAAUUUUUUGAUGGAAAUUUUUGUUUCCACCCCCUAUUUCCCCCUUUUUUUUUUUUCCUUUUUGUUUUUUCCCUUUUUUCCUUUUUCCUUUUCCCUUUCCCUUUUUUUUUUUACCCUUUUUCUUUUCUCUUUUUCCCCUUUUUUCUCCCCUUUCUUUUUUUCUUUUUUUCUUUUUCCUUCUUCCUUUCUUUUUUUGUUUUCUUUUUUCUUUUUUUUUCACCUAUUUUUUUUUUUUUUUCUUUUCUUCUUCUUUUUCUCUUUCAACUUCAUCCUUCUUUUUCUUCUUCCUUAUAACUUUCUGCCUGUUUUUCUUUUUCUUUUUUUUCUUUUUCCUUUUUUUCUUUUCCUUUCUUCUUUUUUCUUUUCUUUUUUCUUUUUUUUCCCUUUGGCACCCCUUUUUUUUCCUUUUUUUCUUUUUUUUGGUUUUUUUUUUUCUCUUUCCUUUUUUUUCUUCGGUCUCUUUUUCCUGAUUUUUUUUUCUUUCUUUUUUCUUUUUUUCUUUUCUCCUUUUUUUCUUUUUUUUUUUCUUCUUUUUUCUUUUUUUUUUCAUUUUUUUCUUUCUUUCCCUUUUUCUUUUCCUUUUUCCUUUUUUUCUUUUUUUUCCCCCUUUUUUUUUUUUUUUCCCCCUUUUUUUUUUUCCCAUCACUUUUUUUCUUAUUUUUUUUUUUCUUUUGGGCUCUUUUCUUUUUCUUUUUUUCUUUCCCUUUUUUUUUUUUCCUUUUUUUCCUCCCUUUUUUUUUCCCCUUUCUUUUUUUUAUUUUUUUUUCUUGGCCCCUUUUUUUUCUCUUCCUUUUUUUUUUUCUUUCCUCUCUUUUUUUUUCUCUUUCGUUAUUUUUUUUUUUCUUUUAUUUCUUUUUUUUUUUUCCCCGUUCCCUUUUUUCCCCCUUUUUUUUUUUUUUUUUCCCCUUUUUUUUUUUCCCUUUUUUUUUUUUCUUUUUUUUUUUUCCUCUCCCGUUCUCGUUCUUUCUUUCCUUUCUUUUUUUUUCUUCCCCCUUUUCUUCCUCUAUCCUUUAUUCUUUUAUCUUUUUUUUUUUUUCCCUUUUUUUUCCCGGGGGUUCCCUUUUUUCCCUUUUUUUUUUUUCUUCCCUUUCUUUUUUUUUUCCCUUUUCCUUUUUUUUCCAACCCUUUUUUUCUUUCCCCGCCCUUUUUUUCCCCCCUUUUUUUUUCCCUCCCUUCUUUUUUAUUUUUUUUUCUUAUUUUUUUCUCGGGUUUUUCUUUUUUCUUUCUCCUCUUUUUUUUUUUUCUUUUUCUUUCUCUUUCCCUUUUCUUUUUUCCCUUUUUUCUUUAA